CGCCGCCGCUUCGUAGUCGCCGGAAGAGGACGAAGGCUCAGCCAGAGAGGAGAGGGCCAGGGAGGAGGGAGGAGGCGAAGCGGAGAAAGGCGACUUGGGUUUCGGUCGCCACCCUUGCCUUUGCUGAUCUUCAUCGGCGCAGCAGCUGCUUCUUGGAAUUAAUCCUCCCAGGGGAUUGUAGGUUGUACCAUGAACCAGAAAUUCGAUGAUUUCCUUGAAACAUCAGUGCUCAUAGAUGAGACACACUACCAAGAGGGUUUCAGGAUUGGCUACGCCGCUGGUUUGGUAUCAGGAAAGGAAGAGGGGAGGAAACUUGGUCUGAACAUGGGUUUUCAGGUAGGGGAAGAACUGGGCUUCUACCGGAGCUGCUUAGACGUCUGGAUUGCAGCAGCUCACAUCAACCACAAUGCAUUCUCGGAUCGCAUGAAGAAGAAUCUUGAGCAGAUGGCUGCACUACUGAGCAGCUACCCUAUGGAAGAUCCAGAGAAUGAGCAAAUUCAGGAAAUCAUGGGGAAGAUAAGGCUAAAGUUCAGAAUUAUUACUGCAAGCUUCUUGGGAGUGAAAUUGGAGUAUGAAGGUCGAUCCAAAUCACAGAAGCAGGGUAUUGAGUAUCUGUAGUAAGUUGCAAAUUAUGUAAAAAAAAACCAUAAUUGAAGAAUUUCUGCUAACACUUGAUGAGUCACAAGAAUCAGUUAGUAAAAAAAGUUGAUUUAAUUUUUCUUAUGAAUCAUCGUAAUUUUUGAA